UGCUCUCUAGACGUUCGUCUGUGAGUUUAUUUGAAGCUGUGACGUUUUGUGUCUCUGCGCUCUACGUAAAUACGAGAUAUCGCGAUGAAUCAAGCGCCAGUUUCCUGUAUACCCGCCAGCAAGAUGUCGAAGGCAAAAAAAGUCAUCGAUGAAGCCAAAGAAAUUCAAAAUCCAGAGCUGGAUCUGGCCGAUAAAAGUAUAUCAUCAUUUGACGAGAUGCCUGGGCUAUUUAAUAUGUUGAAUAUCACAAGAUUAACACUUAGUCACAACAAAAUUCAAGUUGUUCCACCAGGACUUGCUAAUCUAGUCAACCUGGAAAUUUUGAAUUUUUUCAACAAUCAAAUUGAAGAGCUUCCUACAUCGCUGUCUUCUAUGCCGAAGUUACGAAUUCUGAAUGUUGGUAUGAAUCGUUUGGAUUGCUUACCCCGUGGCUUUGGAGCCUUUCCAGUUCUGGAAGUGUUAGAUCUUACUUACAACAAUCUAAAUGAAACAACUCUUCCGGGAAAUUUUUUUAUGAUGGAAACAUUACGUGCUCUCUACUUGGGUGACAAUGAUUUUGAAUUUCUUCCUCCAGAAGUUGGUCAACUGAAGAAUUUACAAAUAUUGGUGCUUCGAGAAAAUGAUCUGAUUGAAUUGCCAAAAGAAGUUGGUGAUCUGAAUCGAUUACGUGAAUUACAUAUCCAAGGCAAUCGUUUGACUAUUUUGCCUCCUGAAAUAGGUAAUCUAGAUUUGGUUAGUUCCAAGUCUGUGUUGAAAAUGGAAAACAAUCCCUGGGUGACACCAAUUGCUGAUCAGUUAAGUCUGGGUGUGCCACAUGUUAUGGAUUAUAUUCGCACAGAAACAUACAGAUUCUUGUAUAAUCGACACAUAGCUGCAAAGGGUCCAGUUCCACCAAAGAUGAAUGACAAAACCAGAAAAUUGUCUCGUGCUCGUCAGCAGAGUUGAAAAUAUUCAGGUGACAUGGGCAGUCUUCCAUUGACUCUUAACAAUUUUAACCUCUUUAAUUUUUUUAUUUUUUUCAUUUCUGCCUGCAAAUUAAGUGUAAAUUAAUAAAGCACAAGAAACAAAUAUUUCUAUUUUGUAUAAGCAUCUUAACAAUGUGAUUCAACAAUAAUUGUAAGCUGUAUUGAUAUGCUUAAAUAAUCCACAUUUUAUUGUGAAACAUAAUACACUUGUCAAUAAGAAUGAAGAUGAAUAGAGAUUUACUUGUAUAUUAUGACAUGUUGCCAUUUUUAUGAACAUUCUACUAUUAUAUCUCGAGUAUUGUUAUCUAAUUAUUGGUUAGUAUGACAUAAACUGUUAGCUUGUGUGAAUGUAUUAGUUACCAACCAUUUAUGUCUUCAUUAAGUUAACUCUGUAUUUUUCAGUAAAGAUAUUAUUUUUAGUUUACUUCUGUUCUGUAAAAGAAAAAUCUGUUUAUAUUACAAAGUUUUUCAUUAUUUAUGUAAACAUGAUAAAUGUUUACUAAUAACACUAUUGGAAUUUUUUAAAAAGUAUUAUGUUUCUGUGAGUGUUUUUAAUCUAGAAAGUCGUUCUAUUUUAACAAAUGUAUUGUAUUUUUGUUAACUGCUUUCAAUGUGCCUUUUAAUAAAUUUUAAAAUGCCCCAGAAAGAAAUUUUUUGUUCUGAGGCUUCAGUAAACUGUCAUGUUGAGUGUUUAUUUAUUUUUAGAUAUAAAAAAAUGUGAAUAUAGUGUGUAAAAAUUAAAUUUUUGAAAAUGUAAAAUUUAUGUAUGUGUUAAUAUUUAUUAUUAAGGAAUAAAGUAAUUUGCUUACACAUCUGAUAAUUUUAAUAAAAAACUACCCAAUUCUG